AUGAGCUGCUGCUCCCCUUGCUGCCAGCCCAGCUGCUGCAGGACCACCUGCUGCACGACCACCUGCUGCCGGCCCAGCUGCUGCACCCCCUGUUGUGCCCCCUGCUGCCAGCCCAGCUGCUGUGCCCCCUGCUGCUCCCCCUGUUGCUCUCCCUGCUGCAGGCCCAGCUGCUGUGCCCCCUGCUGCUCUCCCUGCUGCUCCCCCUGCUGUCGCCCCAGCUGCUGCUCCCCCUGUGGCCAGCCCGCCUCCUGUACCCCCGUGUACUGCCACAGAACCUGGUACCUGCCCACCUGCUGCUGUCUGCCUGGGUGCCUCCCAGAGAGCCUGGGCUGCUGCUCCCCUUGCUGCCAGCCCAGCUGCUGCAGGACCACCUGCUGCACGACCACCUGCUGCCGGCCCAGCUGCUGCACCCCCUGCUGUGCCCCCUGCUGCCAGCCCAGCUGCUGUGCCCCCUGCUGCUCUCCCUGCUGCUCCCCCUGCUGCAGCCCCAGCUGCUGCUCCCCCUGUGGCCAGCCCGCCUCCUGUACCCCCGUGUACUGCCACAGAACCUGGUACCUGCCCACCUGCUGCUGCCUGCCUGGGUGCCUCCCAGAGAGCCUGGGGUGCCCCUGCGGCCAGCCUUGCGGCUGCUGA